AAACUGGUAGAAACAGCACCGUUUCGGACAUCUCUCGAAACUCCGCUCCAACCUUCCCAACGAAACGCCUCAGCCGCUUUACAAGGCGGUUAACGUUCCGGUGAAAGACUCUCGAAGCCUUGCCCAGCGUUGCUUCUUCUAAUAAGAAAGAAUAUUGAAGUCGAGUUUCUCUUUUCUGGGUAACGAUGGAGAGAGCACAGAUUGAAACCCCAAAACCCUCAGAGACUCUUUUCUCUUAUACUCGGCGUCGGUCUCCCCUCAAGAGCGAAACUUACUACACCCUGGUUCGAAUCCUAUCCCAUUGCUACGACAAGUCGCACAGCUCUCACGCUGCUGAAUUCGCACCUCAGGAGCUAAAUCCAGAUCAUGGCAGCAAUGAAGUGGCGCGAGCUACCGGGAAAGCAGAGUGUGAGAUUGUUGAAUUGGUCGGUCCUGAUAGAAUGGAGCGCCAAAAUUUGGUAACUCGGAAAGAGACAGUGUCUGAUGUGAGUUUUGAAGCCAUUGGUGCCGAAGACAGAGGGUUCGGUGAUACACAACAUGUGGUGAUAGAUGAGAUAGAGAGAAUAAUGGCCAUAGAAGAAAGUGGGGAUUUGUUGAAACCGAUGGAUGUUAUGUUCGAUGAGAGUGAUGAAGGGAUUGGCUUCCAAGAUAAAAGGUGUUGUAUGGAAAAAAUGCUAAUGGAUGAGUUGGAGCAAAUUGUGAAAGGCAAUGAAGAACAUGUCCAUGAAAAUGGUAUUAACCUGUCAAUGACAUCGUUGGACAAGAACCAGAGCGGGAGAGAUGAUGUUGUAGUGAUGAAUAAGCGAGGAGAACAGGCUGAUUGUCAAGAUCUAGUUAUGGAGAAAGAUGGGAAUGCUGAGAAGAAUUCUGAAGCUUUUGAUGUAUUAUUAGAUGAGAAUGUGAUUGGUGAAGUUCUAGGUCCAAGAGGGAAUGGCAAAGACAACAGCUUGUCAUUGAAGACUACUUCGUUGUGUGGAGAGCACAAAAUGCAGCCGGCGGACAUGGAAGUGGAGAAAUUGGUUGCUUCCGGCCGGGCAACGGAUUUCCUUAUUCCUAUUGCUGAGAAUGCUGCAGAACCUGAGAAGGGAGAAUGCUCGAAUCAAAAGAUUUCGGAAGCCUCCAGUGUAUCGUUAGAUAAAGAUAUCAUCGGGGAACCUCCAAAAUCAAGGGAGAAUAUGGAAGAGGAAAGUUUGUUGCCGAAGACUAAUUCAACCAAGAGGGAAUUGGAGAAAUCAGGUGGUAAUAGUGACUCAUUGGAUUCUCCCAGUCACAUGGCUGAAGGUGGAGACAUUGAGGAAGGUGAAAUUUCUGGUGACUAUGGAACUUAUGACAUGUCAUUGGAUACGCCUUUAGAAGAUCCUAUGGUGUCAGAGGAGAAGAAUGUAGAUGAGGUGCAAGUAUCUCUAGAUAUAAUUGAUAAAAAAGAGUUCCUUUAUGAUGGCCUGAACGGAGCAAACAAAAAAGUUUUUGAGUUCACUUCUUUGAAAGUGGACGCACACGACAAUGCCAACACUAGCGGAGAAAUUGGACUAGAUAUUAGUAAUAGAAACAAGAUGGCAUCUAAACCUGAAGCUGUUGUUCAUGAAAAAUCUAUGAAAACUAAAAAGGCUUAUAGGGAAGACCUUUUGCUAAAAGAUGGAGGAACCAAGGAGGGUGCUGGUUGUCCACUAGCUUGUCCUAAUAAUCUAGACUUGCAUGGACAAAUCUCAGAAAAAAAUACAACUGGUUCCCAUGGAAUCACAUCUACAGAAGAGCUGCAGCAAGAUGCUAGUUCCUGCAAAAAGAAAAGGCGGGGCCCUCUUUCUAAAGAAAAUAAAGCAAAGAAAAAGCAAAAAGAACGAAAGAGACGAGCAGAAAAGAACAGAGAGCUUGGUGUUAAAAGGUUGAAACUGUAUCCAGUAUCGAAACCAAAAACUGUGACAUAUUGCCGCCAUUAUCUCAAGGGAAGGUGCCACCAGGGUGACAAGUGCCAAUUUUCACAUGAUGCAGUACCUUUGACAAAAUCCACGCCCUGCUGUCAUUAUGCACGUCACUCAUGCAUGAAAGGGGAUGACUGUCCAUUUGAUCAUCAGCUUUCUAAGUAUCCCUGUGACAAUUAUGUUAAAGGUUUCUGCAGCAGAGGUGAUGCUUGUAUGUUUUCACACAAGAUACCAACCAAGGAAGAUUCAACACCUGCUUCGAAUGAUUGCAAACCUGAGUUGAAGUAUCCAUCCUUGCCAGGUAAUACAAAUAUUAAGAAGCAACUGAAUGUUACUGGUAGCUCCCUGCAGAAUGUUGAUUCCUUGUCCAACUCUGUGGGAGCACAUUCUCUCACGAAUGUGAAGACUCUAGUGAAACCACCUGCACUUGUACCCAAAGGUAUUAGCCGCCUCCUCACUGCUGAGAAAUCUGCAGUGGUCAAUUCUACUAUGUUUAAACAAGGGAGGUCCUCUCCAAGUGGGAGUGAGGGAGCCAAAGUUGGGAAUCAGGCGGUCCCAAGUACAUCAGACACACUUCAAAAAGCUAAUGAGAUUCCAAAGAGAACUUCACCGUGUGUGGUACCAAAGGGAAUAAAUUUUCUCUCAUUUGGCAAAGCCCCAUUGGAUGAUUCUGUUGGUAAAAAAGUGGCUAGCUUGCAUUCAAACAGGUACAGUGGUACCAAAUUAACUUUAGCAGACAAUUUAAAUUUGCAGAAACAAGCUAGCUCAUCUCCAAAUAAUGAUGUUAGCAUCAAAGUUGGCAACCAGACAAGCCCAAGUGCAUCAGAGACAACUCAAAAUUGGAAUGAGAUGCUAAAGAAAACUCAACCUGCAGCUACACCACAGGGAAUGAACUUUUUGUCUUUGGGAAAGCCCUCGGUAGAUCAUUCUAGUAGUAAGAGAAAGGUCAGCUUCCCUUCCAGUUGCAAUAUUGGUGUUCAUGGAGCUGUUCUAGAGAAACAAACUGCAGGUGAUAAAUCUCAAAACUCAAGUGCAAUCUCAUUGAGGCUGCCAGCUUCUCCACUUGCUUCCGGUCAAUCUUCAGGUGGCUUAGCAUCUGUGAAUUAUGAAGAUGCACCAAACUCAGCUCAGAAGGCACUCUCAUUGAUACUUUUUGCAUCAAAGUAUGAAUCAAAGAUGAAAAUGAAUCAGUCUGUCAGUGCUCUUGAUGUUGGUAAGGAAGGUACUAGUAAUAUAAGAAGAAGUUCCCAGAAUGAUAUGGCAAAAGCUUCAAAAAUUUUGGACUUCUUGUCUAGUGGUGGUAGUAAAACUAAGCAGUAAAGGAUAAAACCCUAAGUGGUAGCCAAACCCCAAUGUGGUCGGGCUGUGGCUCUUAUAUCUGAUCAGUUCGAGUAAAACACAGCAGCAUUGAGGAAAAGACAUCUAAUAGUUCAUGCCUUCUCUUUUGUCCUUUAGCAGCACAAUGUUGUAUUUUUUCAGCUUAUUUCCAGAAGCCGCUGAUCAGAUGGAAUGGCUGCAUUGUGAUUGUGAAGUUCAUUGAUUAUGAUCGCUUGAGAUCUUUGCUUUGAAGGGACUUCAGAUUGAUUUUCUUCUUUGAGAUAUUAUAAACCAGUUCUAUAGAAAAGCCAGUCACAUGUGACUAUCAUCUUAAAGUUGAGGCCCUGGGCAAAAGCAGAUGACCGCAGUGAUGGUUUUAUGGAAAAUAUCCACCUUUGUCACCCUUGUGAUCAAUUCUCAAAAAGUGUUUUCAGUCUGCCAACUUGCGAUGGGAUCUUGAUGAUCAAGUUACAGAUGCCUAGUCCUUGCAGGGAGCGCUUGGCACUCGCUUUCGGUUUGGACAAAGGCAUAGGUUGAGUUUGAAGUUUGCUCGAUGUGGGACUCUCUGUGGUGUAUGUGGGCCGUAAUCUGGGCUUAGUGGAUGGCCAUUCCUUUCGUGGUGCUGACCUUGUCGAGCAUUUGCGUAGUGCUGUUAUCAUGGGGAAAGCUAUGAUCAUUGUCCAAAACAUAAAGGAAUCUGUGUUAAUGUUCACGGGCCCAUAUCUAAAAGUAAUGAGACAGCGAAAUCAAUGGGAAUCAUGAAUGGCUAGGUUAGGUGUCCCGACCAAUGCUCGUACGAAAUUGAUUUUGACUACAAUAUGAAGCAAUGACACAUCACACAUGGAGAGUUGGUCUCAUGUGAUGUUGUCAUACAAAAUGACUCCCAUUUUAUAGUAAGAUAUGAUAUGCAUUAUUUUCU